CAAUUUCUGAUGAGCUAUAAGAUAUCUUUCUGUCAUUCGUUUUUUAUGUCAUGACGGCUUACCCUUUCAAAGCUUUCAUCUUCUUUUAAUAGCUCAAUGGCUGCCUAUCUCCGUUUUUUGGUUAUCGUCUCUUUUCAUUUCCAUCCACGCCAUCAUUUGGCUCAAAUCGUGGUCUAUAAUUGCAGGGUGGGAUGAAAGGAAAGACUACACGGGUUAGUUCCGCGUUUUCAGUAUAACGAAUCCUAAUCAAUGGUCAGUCUUGGAUAAUUCCCAUAAUUCCCUAGCAAAGGCACAAGACUAUAUCCGGAACAGGAACAAAUCCAAGCGUGUUCUUUUCCUUUUUUACUGUUCAUUAAUUUGGAGAGCAUUGUAGAUUUUUACUCUGAUUUAUUUCUAGCUGCGGGCCAUAAUAAUGGCUCCCGUCACAUUCAGGGUUCCUUAAUAAUUUAUCUGUUCUAUCGUCAUGUGAAUAAUUAAACAUAUAGAUUCCUCAAAAACUAGUCGAUUGAAUUUGUUUGCUUUAUUUUUAUUUUGGGGUAAUAUUGAACAGGGGCAAUUUCCUAACAAUUCCUCUUUUGCGUGUUCACGUGAACUUCACAUUUGUCCAUUGGCAGAAUCGUGAACGAAUUGAGCUUUAAAACCGCAGCAUGGUAUGUUUUAUAUUCUAUCUUCAUAGAGGUUAAGGCUUUUUAUAAUCUGCAUUGGCAUUUUAAGUCUUCAGAAAAACGUUUCUUAAAAUUAUUUUUCAAUGUUAUUCGUUGAGUCUGUCAUUUAAUCUCUUCUUUCACGUUUAAUCAUUUUUAGCUCUAAAAAUCAGUCGUCAAUUACACGUUUGACUUAUUUUUCUGACAUUUUUGUAGACUCAACCAAAAAAUUCGUUUGUUCGCUGUUGUUUUGUUCACAUUUACUCGAGACAGACAAAAACACGUAAAAUGUGAUCAAACAGAAGAAGUAAAUGUUAUUAUAGCAUAAAAUUCUGAUAUUACCAAUUUUCUGAUCUCACCUGAAUUUAUAGUUACUGUCUUAUUUUUUAAUUCUUAUCUUAUUGAACAAUUAUCUUAUUAAACCUGGAACGACACGAAAACUAGUAUGAUGGAUCCAGCUAUUGAAACAGAAUCGCUACUCGGAACUUCCGUUGCUAUUUCAAUAUCGAAAAAGAGUGAUCACACCAACGGAGAGCUAUUGAAGGAAAGUGCGAGCGAGACUAUAAAGUGCGAGCGGGAUCCCAAAAGAAAGAUUGGCAGGUGUUUCAAAGUGGGAAGCAUAGACGAAGGCUGCGUGAGCGAUGCCGAUUUUGAGGCUAUGAUUCCCGUCUACAUUGAGAAGGAAACUCAUCAAAACGGUCUCCAAGACAGUGAUUCAGGAUCUGAAAAAUGCAUUGAGAGCAACGGUCACUGCGGAGAACACGAGGAAAAAGCCAGAGGUGAAACGAGCGAUCAAUUGAAAAGCAUAAUCGAUUGUUCCAAAUGUCGUCAUAUUUCUCUUACCAACCAAUCGUUGCUCUACCCGCCAAACUCUGACCAAUCAAAGGUAAGGAGUCCUCUGAACAAGAGCGUCACAUUUGCCGACAAUCAUGGCCAUAAAUUGUCACAUGUUCUCUCAUUCGAUAACUUGCAAGAAGUCGAUUGCACUCUUCACGAUUCCUGGGAAGACUUCGAAGAAUACAAUAUGGGAUCCGCAAACCGAUACGAAAACUCGGAUGUUUUUGCACCCUUGUUCUAUCUUCCGCCCUCGAGCGCAGCUCGGGAGAAAGCGCAAACUCAGAAAAUCAAACUUGAAAGCAUCCAGAUUUUUGGGUUUCGCAUUCUGGGAGCAGUUCUAGUUUCUAACUUGGGAUACCACAAAGAAGUCGCUAUUCGAUACACUCUAGAUCAUUGGGACACGUUUGACGAAUUGGAAGCUGUAUAUGUGAAAGGGUCUGAAAAUCAAGGGUGUGAACGAUUUUCAUUCGAAUAUGAAUUCAACCGAGACCACAUUGAAGAUAAAGUGGUGUUCUGUUUGCGCUACAAAUGCGACGCAGGGGAAUUCUGGGAUAACAAUCAUGGAAUGAAUUAUUCACUGAAACUUCUGAAAACAUGAUGUAGCUCACUUCACACACACAAUUAGUAGAUGAAAUUUAACUGCAUUAAGUGUUUUUGACGUUCGUAUUGUAACAUAACUAAUAAUGAAAUUUAAAAA